AUGAAGUACUCGGCUCUUUCAGGCGCUGCCGUGUUCGCCUCUGUCUUCCCACAAAGCGCGUCCGGCCAAACUCUAGCCGAGAUUCUGUCCCAAGAGAACAGCACUCUUUCCACAUUGACAAGCCUCAUCAACGACCUACCUGCCCUGGGUGAGACCUUCUCCUCGCAGAGCAACCUCACCAUCCUCGCCCCCAGCAACGAUGCCUUUGCGAUGCUCCUCAAGGACGAAAAGGCUGCCGCGCUCGUCAUGUCGGAUCCCGCCUUUGUCGCGAAUCUGCUCUCGUACCACAUCCUCAACGGCUCGCUCUUGGCCAACGACUUUUCCGAAACGCCAGCGUUUGCAAAGACACUGCUCACCGACGGGGCCUUGACAAACGUGACGGGUGGGCAGGUUGUCGCUGCAAAGACCGCCAACAACGCGGUCAGCAUUAGCAGCGCGUUUGGCGCCCACUGCCAGGUUAUUCGGGCGGACAUUGAGUACGACGGCGGCGUGGUCCACGUUGUUGAUGGUGUCCUCGAGAUCCCCAAGGACCUCGCCGAGACGGCUUCGGCGGCAGGCCUAUCUGCCGUGGCAGAGGCGCUUACCAAGGCCGACCUCGUCGCACCCCUCACCUGGGCCAAGGACGUGACCAUCUUCGCGCCUAGUAACGAGGCCUUUGAGGCCGUCGCCUCUGCCACAAAGAAUAUGUCCGUCGAGAGCCUCAAGAAGGUUCUCCAGUACCACGUCCUGCCCAAUGUCGUGGCGUACAGCAGCUCGUUUGAGGACGGCGCGGUCAAGACCUUCGAAGGAACCGAGAUCAAUGUCAGCGUCAAAGAUGGUAACGUCUAUGUCAACGGCGCCAAAGUCAUCACGCCUGACGUCCCGCUUUCCAACGGCGUGCUUCACGUCAUUGACAGCGUGCUGAACCCCGACAAGCAAGACGAUGCCGCAAGCUCGACUGCAUCCGCACCUUCGGCCACGUGGACAGGUGCUGACUCUACCGCAAGUCCUUCCGGAAGCGCCACCCCUGGCUCCCGGGUUUCGUCAUCUGCAUGGAAAGGCAUGCGCCAGAUGUCGGCAGCCAUUGCCAUGACGGUCAUGUCUGGUGUAGCCGCCUUCUUCAUGGUGUAA